GAUUUAUCUCUGUUCCCUUAACCAUCUUGCAGGAUGGACGAAGGUAGACAACCACUUUCAAGAAAGAUGCCUAUUUCCUCUAGCAAGCUAAGCCCAUACAGAUUAAUGAUUUUACUUCGACUUGCAAUUCUUGGGCUCUUUUUCCACUAUAGAAUAAUGCACCCUGUCCAUGGUGCUUAUGGAUUGUGGCUGGUGUCUAUUAUAUGUGAAAUAUGGUUUGCCGUAUCCUGGAUAUUCGAUCAGUUCCCAAAAUGGUUACCUAUUAAGCGAGAGACGUACCUAGAUAGGCUGUCACUAAGGUAUGAGAAAGAAGGGAAGCCUUCUGAGUUAGCCCAUAUCGACGUUUUUGUUAGUACUGUGGAUCCAUUAAAAGAGCCUCCACUUAUUACUGCAAAUACUGUUCUCUCUAUUCUUGCUGUGGAUUAUCCGGUGGACAAGGUCGCAUGCUAUGUCUCUGAUGAUGGUGCUGCCAUGCUUACUUUUGAGGCACUAUCUGAGACAUCUGAGUUUGCAAGGAAAUGGGUCCCAUUCUGCAAGAAAUUUAGCAUAGAGCCUCGAGCCCCCGAGUGGUAUUUUGCUGAGAAGGUUGAUUAUUUGAAGAACAAAGUAAAUCCAUCAUUUGUGAGGGAACGCCGUGCCAUGAAGAGAGACUAUGAAGAAUUUAAGGUUCGAAUAAAUGGAUUGGUUUCCAUGGCACAAAAGGUUCCUGAGGAUGGUUGGACCAUGCAAGAUGGAACCCCUUGGCCGGGGAAUAAUGUCAGGGAUCACCCCGGGAUGAUCCAGGUCUUCCUGGGUCAUGAUGGUGUCCGUGAUAUUGAAGGGAAAGUUCUGCCUCGCCUUGUUUAUGUUUCUCGUGAGAAGAGGCCAGGGUUUGAUCACCACAAAAAGGCCGGUGCCAUGAAUGCUUUGAUGCGGGUGUCAGCGGUCAUCUCAAAUGCUCCUUAUUUACUCAACGUGGAUUGUGAUCACUAUAUAAAUAACAGUAAGGCACUGCGAGAAGCUAUGUGCUUUAUGAUGGACCCCACUUCAGGAAAGAAAAUAUGCUAUGUACAAUUUCCUCAAAGAUUUGAUGGCAUUGAUCGACAUGAUAGAUACUCAAACCGCAAUGUGGUCUUCUUUGAUAUAAAUAUGAAAGGACUUGAUGGGAUCCAGGGUCCGAUUUAUGUGGGAACGGGAUGCGUCUUCAGGAGGCAAGCACUUUAUGGAUAUGAUGCUCCAAAGAAGGCAAAACCUCCAGGGAAAACGUGCAAUUGUUGGCCGAACUGGUGUUGCUUUUGUUGUAAAUCUCGAAAGAAGCAUAAGAAAGGGAAAACGAGCAAGGAUAAAAAGAAGAUAAAAGGCAAGGAUGCUUCGACUCAGAUUCAUGCCCUUGAGAAUAUUGAGGAAGGAAUUGAAGGAAUAGAUAAUGAAAAAGCAUUACUCAUGCCCCAAAUAAAACUCGAGAAGAAAUUUGGACAAUCACCAGUAUUUGUUGCUUCAACACUUUUAGAAGAUGGCGGUGUUCCUCUAGGAGCAACCUCAGCAUCUCUCCUGAAAGAAGCCAUCCAUGUUAUUAGCUGUGGUUAUGAAGACAAAACAGAAUGGGGUAAAGAGGUUGGAUGGAUUUAUGGAUCUGUUACUGAGGAUAUCUUAACUGGGUUCAAGAUGCACUGCCAUGGUUGGAGGUCUGUGUACUGCAUGCCGAAAAGGCCUGCAUUUAAGGGGUCAGCUCCUAUCAAUCUUUCAGAUCGUCUGCAUCAGGUUCUGCGGUGGGCCUUGGGAUCUGUUGAGAUUUUCUUUAGUAGACAUUGUCCCAUUUGGUAUGGAUAUGGGUGUGGUCUGAAACCAUUGGAGCGGUUUUCAUACAUAAAUUCAGUUGUCUAUCCAUUGACUUCCAUCCCUCUGAUUGCAUAUUGUACAUUGCCAGCAUUCUGUUUGCUUACUGGGAAAUUCAUCGUUCCAGAGCUUAGCAACUAUGCCAGCAUUGUGUUCAUGGCACUUUUUAUAUCAAUUGCUGCGACCACUAUUCUGGAGAUACGGUGGGGAGAUGUUGGCAUAGAUGACAUGUGGAGAAAUGAGCAAUUCUGGGUUAUUGGUGGUGUCUCGUCCCACUUUUUUGCUCUUAUACAAGGUCUUCUUAAAGUUUUGGCUGGUGUCAACACAAACUUCACUGUCACAUCAAAAGCAGCAGAUGACGGGGAGUUUUCUGAGCUUUACCUCUUCAAGUGGACAUCCUUGUUGAUUGUUCCGAUGACCUUGUUAAUUAUCAACAUCAUAGGAGUUGUAGUUGGAGUUUCAGAUGCAAUCAACAACGGAUAUGAUUCGUGGGGUCCUUUAUUCGGCAAGCUUUUCUUCGCCUUAUGGGUCAUUGUUCAUUUGUACCCCUUCCUCAAAGGUUUGAUGGGGAAACAAAGCAAUGUUCCAACUAUCAUCGUUGUGUGGUCUAUCCUUCUAGCUUCUAUCCUUUCGUUGUUGUGGGUCCGAAUCAAUCCAUUCGUGUCAAGAGAUGGACUCGUGUUAGAAGUAUGUGGGUUGGAUUGCGAGUAAGAUCAAGAAAUUGGACACGAUAAAUGGCUCGAGUGUAUAUGCGAACGAAAUGUUCAAAUAGGGGAAGAAGUUCAACCCCUAACACUAUUGUUUUGAUCAUCAAUGAAUAUGAGGAAGAGCUCUGGUGGUUGUGUAUAGAUUAAAAGGCAGGUAGCAGACACAUUGAUAUUUGUUUUGCAAAGUGUUUCUUGAUUCUUUUUUGAUACAUUUUGGGAUUUGUUGCUUGGGAGUUGGAAGAAGGGGGGAGGGGUGGAGUUCCAAUAUUUGUAAUCCCAACAGAAGAUAAGAUUAGUUGUCAUAAGUUAUAUCCCCUUCUCAAUAAGGGAUAUCACACGGAAAUGUUUUUUCAUCAGUAAUUUAAGGACUUUUGUUCCACUGUUGCCAUUCUAAAAGAAGUGAAAUUGGAUUCUGGUGUUUUGUUCUAUAA